UGGCGCUGCCAUUUGAGUCUCCGCCGGAACUGAAGCGGAGACGGCCUGGGUGUCGCAGGGUGUCUGCUGGGGUGCUGCGGGUGGAGGCAUGAGGAAAGCCGCUUGGCUUCUGUGAGCUCACCAGGAUGUGUAGGCCGCGGGCCGGAGGCAGGCUGGUGGGAGAGGGAAGGAGCAACCUGUGAAACGGGGUGACGGCGGUGACCAGCCCGGGCGGGGACCGGGACUGGAAGAAGGGGCCUGGGCAGCCGGCUGGGCCGGCGGCUGGACCCGGGAGGGGUGGGGGGUGCGGGGGACUGAGGCAGGACACCCAUCCGAGCCUGCCGGGACGGAAGGGACGAGGAGCGUCUUUACACUGGGGAGACGAGGGUAACGUGAGGCUUGGACGGAAGAGGUUCGGUGCAAGUGGCGAGAAGCAGGGGCCGGAGUGCCAGACCCGUUCAGAAGGCGGCGGAGCCCAGAGCAAACCGCAGAGUGUUGGAGAGUUGGAAGACUUGGUGGCGAACGAGAGUCCAGAGCCAGAUCGUGCGUCGGCGAGCAGGCCGAGCGCCCGCGAUGCGGGACCACAAGCUGGUGAGGUUGGCCUUGCUGCAGCAGCUUCGGACGGCCUAUGGCAUCAAGGUCAAAGGUGGCCGUGCACAGUGUGACCGCAGGAGGCCAGAAACCGCGACGUCUGAGAAGGCGGGCAAAAUAUUUGGAGUACCUAUUAGUGCAUUGCCUCAUUCUGUUGUACCAGAAUAUGGACAAAUUCCAAGCUUUCUUGUUGAUGUUUGCACAUCUUUAGAAGGACAUAUGCAUACAGAAGGGCUUUUCAGAAAAUCAGGAUCUGUUAUUCGCCUAAAAGCACUAAAGAGUAAGCUGGAUCAUGGUGAAAGUUGCCUGUCUUCUGCACCUCCUUGUGAUACUGCAGGACUCCUCAAACAGUUUUUUCGGGAAUUGCCAGAGCCUGUGCUCCCAGCUGAUUUGCAUGAAGCACUUUUCAAAGCUCAGCAGUUAAGAACAGAAGAUAAGAGUAAUGCCACAUUGUUGAUCUCAUGUCUUAUGGCUGACCACACAAUUGAUGUUUUAAGAUACUUCUUUAACUUUCUCAGGAAUGUUUCUCUUAGGUCAAGUGAGAAUAAGAUGGAUAGUAGCAAUCUUGCAGUGAUAUUUGCACCAAAUCUUCUUCAGACAAGUGAAAUACAUGAAAAGAUGUCUGCUAACACAGAAAAAAAGCUUCGAUUACAGGCUGCAGUUGUACAGACUCUUAUUGAGUAUGCAUCAGAUAUUGGGCAUGUUCCAGAUUUUAUCUUAGAAAAGAUACCAGCUAUGUUGGGUGUAGAUGGUCUCUGUGCUACUCCAUCUCUAGAAGGCUUUGAAGAAGGUGAAUAUGAAACCCCUGCAGACUGUAAAAGAAAGAGAAGACAAAGUGUAGGAGAUUUCGUUAGUGGUGCAUUAAAUAAGUUUAAAUCUAACAGAACACCCUCUAUAACACCUCAACAGGAAAGAAAUGCUCAGUUAUCCGUAUCACCAGUGACUCUCACACCAAAUGCUAAGCGUAAACUACCAGUAGAUUCUUCUCAUGUUGUCUCAAGUAAGAAAAGGAAGUCUAUCAAGCAUAAUUUCAAUUUUGAGUUGUUGCCAAAUAAUCUCUUCAGUACAAGUUCAACACCAGUAUCAGUUCAUUUUGACACAAGUCCAGAAGAGUCAUCUCAGAGUUCACUGUCUCCUGUGGUCAUCAGUGGAAACCAUUUGGGUAUAGAUGUGCCAAGGCGAAGUAAAAGAAUUGCAAGCAAAAAAGUUAGCAGGGUAGAAUCAGGAAAAGCAGGGUGUUUUUCUCCUAAAAUUAGUCGUAAAGAAAUGGUUCGAAGAUCUCUUCGUUUGAAAUUUAGUCUGGGGAAAAGUAGCAAAGACGUGAAUAAUACAGAAUAUCCUGUUAUUAAUAGACGUGAAAAUGUUGGUCAACGACUUGCAAAUCAACAAAAUUUGAAAAACAGGAUUGAAUCUGUAAAGACUGGCUUAAUUUUUAGCCCAGAUAUUGAUGAAAGAUUAGCAAGGAAAGGUUCAAAAAAGAUCAGUAAAUCUUCAGAAAACUUAUUAACUCCAGAACGACUACAUGAAACAAGUUACCGGAUGUCUUGGACAGGACCUACUAAUUCAAAUUUUCAAGAAAUAGAUGGAAAUGAAGCUUCUCCAAGCACAGGGCAUCUUGAGGUAGGGAACUCUGCCUUGGAGUCUGAUAUUACAGUUGAAAAGUCACCUGUAAGUUCAUAUGAACUCACUCCUUCUAAUGUGCACAGUAAGCACAUUGAUGUAACUGGAAGCUCUCUUAGUGGAGAUGAAAAUAACUUGACUACAGAGACUUUGGAGAAAGUUCAAAAAGCAUUUUCUGAAUCUGGAAGUAAUAUUCAAGCCUUGAUACAUCACGGGCAGUCGCCAAUAACUAGUGUGAGGGAAGUAAAAUCACAUGAAACAUCUAUAGAAUAUAGCCCAGAGGAAAAUCUAUUUGAAGCAAAUGAUUUGACUGUUAUAGAGUCAAAGGAACACCAUUCUAAUAAAGAUGAAACUAGUUUCUCAGAAAGAGACUUCUCAUUACAACAAAUGCAAGAAAUGAAUAAAGAAACUACAAAAUGUCAUUCAACUCAGAUAAAGAUGGAACAUGAAAAAAACAUUCAUUCAGAUAUGACAAAUAAUUGUUUAAGCAAAGAAGAAUUGCCCGGUGAACAGUUAAAGAAAGAGCAGACCCCAAAGGACAAACUUGAUACUGAAUUAAAGGAGGAUGAGAACAUGAUUGAAGAGAGCUUACUAAAAUACAUAGCUUCCAGGGAGGAUGACAUAACUAAGACCUCUUCCUCAGAGAAGAUUACAUCAAUUGAAACAAGCUUCUCAAAAGCUAAGCCUGUGAGAAUUGUUAAACAGCAGUCACUAGUGGAAACAAGUGAAAAGAUGGUUUCUGAAACUUUACAAACAAUGGAGCAUGGAAAGGUCUCAGACCACAUACAGUGGUUUAACAAGCUUUCUUUAAAUGAACCAAACAGAACUAAAGUUAAGUCACCUCUGAAGUUUCAGCGUACACCUGUCCGUCAAUCUGUCAGGAGAAUUAAUUCUUUAUUAGAGUAUAACAGACAACCAGUGAGGUGUAAACUGCUGCCAGGUGAUGCUGUUUCUCCUCUGGUUAAAGCGGUGAGCUGUGAAAGUGCUCUUGCUUCUUGUUUGGAAAGUACAUCAAAAGAUUCCUCUGUUUCCUGUCUUAGAUCAGGCCCUAAAGAACAGAAACCUACAUCAUGUGAACAGUCCAAUAUUAAUGUAGUUUCAAAAUCAAGCAUGGAGUUAACGUCUACAUCUUCAAAGAUAAAAAGGCACCCAGACUCCCUGGAUAUUUCUCUUGAGUCUACCAGAGUUUGUAAACGGGAAGUAAUAACUGGUGGCUAUGUUAAAAUUCCCUUGGAUGAUCUAACAAACCAUGAUGGAUUAAGAUCUGUUGUGAAUAGUAAUAGGGGAUUUUCUCCUGGGAUAAAUAACAGGGUAUGUAGGAAGUCAUCAGAAAGAGAAAGGAUAUGGUAUAAGGGCUCUCCAAAAAAUCCUAUUGGGAAAGCUCAGCUAUUACCAACAAGUAAACCUGUAGAUUUGUAAUUGAUAGAUGUUCUACUUAUCUCUAAUGUAAAUAAAGUGAUUAGUGAUCUGACUGCAGGCUAUCUGCGUUGGUUUAUAGCUCAGGUUAAUUAAGUAAUAGAUUUUAAUCUCAUUGCAUAAGCAACUUGGAUUUUUGACAUGUGACUACUUCAUUUCUUAUAAUUAUGGUAGUAUUUAAGCUUAAUUUUGUGAACUCAAAAUAAAUUGUUGACUGUUUUUAUAAGAAAUGUCUUGCAAAAUUGUGUGAAUUGUUAAGCAUGAUACGAAGAAUGAAAUUAGUUAUACGGAUUUCCUGAGUUUUUCCUCCCAAGUCAGAAAGAAAUUUCUAAUAAUAAUGGCUGAAACAAAAUAAAUGAUGAUGUGUUUAUAUAGCCUAUGAUGCUGCAGAAUUAAUUGACCUUAGAGUUUUUUUGUUUUGUUUUUUUUUAAUUGCCACCAGGGUUAUCACUGGGGCUCAGUAUCAGCUGCUGGUGGCCUUUUUUUUUUUUCUUUCACUUUUUCUUUUUCUAAUUUAUUUGACAGGAUAGAGAAAUUGAAAGGGAAGGGAGAUAGAGAAGGAGAAAGACACCUGCAGACUUGCUUCUCUGUUUAUUACGCAUCCUCCUUACAUGUGGGGAGCAGGGGCUCAAACACGGAUCUUUAUACAGGGUGAUAAUAUGCAUUUACCCAAGUGUGCCACCACUGGCCCCCACCAUAAUGUCUUUAAAGUAAAUUUGCACAGACAUAUUUGUUUCUGUUUUGCCCAAUACUGAAUUUAGCCAGGGAUAAUUAAGCUUGGAAGAUUUAAAUCAAGGUGAUUUCUUAUUGCAUAUGCUUGACUUUAGAAUUUAAAAUAGUUGAUGCAUCUUUGUACAUUUACUUAAGGUUCUUAUACUUUGAACUCUCACAAAAGUCUGUAAUGAUUUUGUCUUAUGUGUAAAUUAUUUAUUUGACAUAGACAUUAAAAGUAAC